UAUGAAGGUGACAACUUCGAUCGACCAGAUGUCGGUCCAAAUGGGAGUUUCGGUGGCAAAAAGCGUGCAGUUGAACGAGUGAGUAAGCUGGAUGUGCGAGGUUAUCACAAGCAGCAGCUAUUGCAGGCUCGCUGGAUAAGAAAUGAGCCCGUUAUUUUCAUCCACGGUAACGGCGACGCGGCGCUGCAUACGCAAGCACCGCUGGCGACUGGGUGGAGCAGGUCUAUUCAAUACUUCUUGGAGCAGAAUUAUACGGAAGGAGAGCUAUAUGCCACCACUUGGGGUGAUGCCUGGGGAUCCGGCUCGGUACUAGACAGCUACAGCACAAUGCAUACUUGCAGUAAUCUGCUAUUCCUUCGA